AUGUCCUCAGCCACCGACGAGGAGAGCCUCAUCGACAGCGCCGCUGAAAUCACCCUAGCGAGCGACGCCGAUCGCACGCAGGACAUGAGCUUUGCCGGCGACGACGACGAUGACGACGACGACCAGAACAAAGAGAGCGACUCCAGCGGCAUUGGCAGCUCAAUCGCGAAGCUCAACAAGUCUAUUCACGAGAUGUCCAUCCGGGUGGACCCGGGCUCAGGCAGCGGCUCCGAGGCUGAUGACGAGGAGGACGAAGAGGAGGAGAAGGAAGAUCAGCCCGAGCCAAAGGCGGUGGUGCCCUUCAUUGCCACUCGCAACAGCAAUACCGCGCUCAUCUCGCAGCCAGUCGAGCUGGAGCUCUUUGACGAGGACGAGCGAGAGCUGCUCGGCGACGACUUCGUCAACACCAGCCGACAACUGACAGUGGCCACUACGUCUCGCAAGUCGGCCCGAAAGAGCAUCGUCAUUCUCUCCUCGGGCAAUGAAAGUGACGAGGGGGAAGAGGAGGUGGUGGUGGUGAAGAAGUCCAAGAAGAAAGCGCUCAACCUCAGCAGUAGUAGCAGCAGCAGUGAAUCACCCGAAAUCAUCACUGCCCCAAAGGAGGCGAAGAAGGAAAAGUCAUCGCCCUCUCCCGUUCUUCUUCUUCCUCCUCCACAACAGGACAGCGACGGCGAUGAUGACCUGAUGAUCAUUUCGCCAGCCAAGCCGCCGGUUCAGCCAAAGUCGAUCAUUCAGCCAAAGAUGCCGACCAAAGCUCGGCUCAACAUCGCCAAACUGGCUGGCCCCUCUGAGGAGGAGAAGAAGAAGCAGAAGAAGCCACUGCCGAUCAUGAACUGGAACCGCCUGGAGAAGACCACUCGCCUCGCUGACCGGGCGGAGAAGGAGCGCGUCAAGCGGCUGGCGGCGAAGGAGAAGGCUUUCGAGCGGGCCUUUGACGCCGCCGACCCCGCCACUGCGCUCAUCCUCGACUUUGACGUGGCGACGAGCCGGCCGCUGGUGCGCAUCAAUAAGUCGCUGGGGAAGCAGCUGAAGCCGCACCAGGUGGAGGGCGUCAAGUUCAUGUACCAGACGGUGAUCGAGUCGGUGGAGCGCCUCCAGGAGGAUGAGGAGAAUGAAGAGGAGCUCGGCGGCAGCGGCUGCAUCCUCGCCCACUCGAUGGGUCUCGGCAAGACGCUCCAGGUGGUCACCUUCCUCCACACCGUGCUCACCUGCCGGCACACGGCGGAGGCCAUCCAGCGCGUCCUCAUCGUCGUCCCCUUCAAUGUGAUCGAGAACUGGGCGCAGGAGUUCGACAAGUGGGUGGAGCGGUGCCGCCUCGACUGGGACAUCACCAUCUACGAGAUGCGCCUGGAGAAGACGACGAAGAAGCGGGUCGACCUGCUGCGCACCUGGUACAAGAGGGGCGGCGUGCUGCUCAUCACCAACGCCCUCUUUGCGCGCAUCGUCUCCUCGCUGGAGGAGAUGGCGGACCGCGCCUCGGCGCGCGCCUUUCGCACCUACCUCCUCUCGCCCGGGCCCGACCUGCUGGUGAUCGACGAGGGCCACCUGCUGAAGAACGAGGACAGCCAGCUGAAUCGGGCGCUGACGCUGGUGGAGACGCGUCGGCGGGUGAUCCUCACGGGGACGCCGCUGCAGAACAACCUCGCCGAGUACUUCACCAUGGUGGACUACGUGAAGCCGCGGCGGCUGGGCACCCGCCAGGAGUUCAAGAACCGCUUCCAGGCGCCCAUCGAGGCCGGCCAGAACAAGGACUCGGCGCCCUUUGAGGUGGUGCACAUGAAGAAGCGCAUCCACGUGCUGCACCAGCUGCUGACCAGUGUCAUCCACCGCUGCGACUACCGCAUCCUCGUGCCCUACCUCCCGCCCAAGGCGGAGCACGUGCUGGCGGUGGCGCUGACCGAAAAGCAGAAGGAAAUGUACCGCCACUACCUCAACUUCUACGCGGACAAGAGCGCUCGGAAGAGCCUCUUUCGCGAUAAGAACCUCCUCGCUCACAUCUGGACUCACCCCAUCCUCAUCCACGACUACCGGGUGCAGUCGAAGGGCAAGGAGACCUUCGUCAAUGAGAUCGGCGACUGGUACCUGCGCUACCUCAGCCCCGAGGAGGACGCCACCCGGCUGGAGCUGAGCAGCAAGCUGACGCUGGUCUUUGCCCUGCUGGAGGCCUGCGAGAAGAAGGAGGAGAAGGUGGUCAUCUUCAGCCAGAGCCUCCUUGUGCUCGACCUCAUUGAGCGGCUGCUGCGCGUGAAGAGCCAGGAGGCGGCGGCGAAGGGGGAGAAGGGCUCGUUCGGGCGCUGGCGCAAGGACGUCGACUACUUUCGCAUUGAUGGCGGCGUGGACGUCGACGAGCGCAGCGAGGUCAUUGAGCGCUUCAACGACGCCGAGGAGCGGCGCGCCCGGCUGAUGUUGGUCUCCACACGAGCGGGCGGCAUCGGCAUCAACCUGGUGGGCGCCAAUCGGGCGGUGAUCUUCGACGCCAGCUUCAACCCCGCCAACGACCUGCAGGCGAUCUUCCGCAUCUACCGCCUGGGGCAGACGAAGCCCGUCUUCGUGUACCGCAUGGUCGCCUACGGGACGAUGGAGGAGAAGAUCUACCGGAAGCAGAUCGUCAAGCAGUCGCUCAGCCGGCGGGUGAUCGACGAGCAGCAGGUGGUGCGCCACUACGCCAAGGUCGAGGUGGAGGAGCUGUACAAGCUGGACGACGACUACAGCGCCCACGCCGACGCCGUCCUCCCCAUCACCGCCACCGACGACCUCCUCAACGACCUCAUCUACGAGCACAAGGGCCUGGUGCUGGCGGUGCACGAGCACGACUCGCUGCUCGAGGCCAGUCCGGACGAGGAGCUGACGGAGGAGGAGCGCCGCGCCGCCUGGGAAGAGUUUGAGAAGGCGAAGAAGGAGGUCGUGGUGGGCGGCGCCAAGGGUGGCAAGAAGGCUGGUACUGCUGCUGGUGGCAAGAAUGGAUCGGCUGCUGCUGUUGCUCACGAGGAGGAAGAGGACGAUGACUUUGCGGAGGAAGAGAUGGUCGAAGAAGUUGAUAUGGUCAGCGAGGAGGAUGAUGAUGACGACGAGGAGGAGGAAGAGGCGAUGAAGGCCAUUCAGGGCUCCAGCGGGCGCCCUGCUCACUCGGCCGAGCUCAUCGCCAUCGACUGA